AUGGGCAUUCGAUCGAACCGGUUAGCCACGCCAUACGUUGCCUUGCAACCUGAGCUAAGUCAAAAUAAAUUAUUGAAGUUCACUUUUAUUUUAUUUUGGAGGGAUAACAUAUUAUGGAUUCUAAGAUCUAUUUAUAUGGCUCUGUGUUUACGUGACCCGAUCAGCUGUUUAUCGGAAAAAACGCUUUCUAUUAUUAGCCUGGAAAUUCCCAGGGACGAGGUGUCAAUACCGAAACCACACUACCGAAUUUAUAAGACGAUGGACUCCAUCAUAAACGAAUAUAAAGAAAAGUUAGAAGACACCGAGAAGUUAAACAAAGAAUUAUUGGAAAAACUUUACAUCAACGACGCCACUACUACUACUUCUGCUGCUACUGCUUCUACUGCUGCUGCUACUAUGACUACUACAACUGCUGUUGUUGCUGCUACAACAACUACAACUACUACAGUGGCUACUUUUAUUCAUGAAUGUCCUAAUUGUUAUUACGUUUUCAGUCACAAAAGAUACAAAAACGUCAAUAAUAAUAAUAAUAAUAACAACAACAACAACACAAACAAAUGCUUAAAUGGUAAUGACGAGGAUGGCAACUACGUGUCCAACCGCAACAACAACAUCAGUGUCCUGUUUAGCAGGCUGAAUGGUUACGACAUCAAUGACCCAAGUAACAAUAUCAUCAACAACAACAACAACAGCACCAUCAUUAACAACAAUGAUAACAAUAAUAAAUUACCAAAUCUCUGUUUUAGAUCUAUAUAUCUGACGAGGAAGGCGAUCAAAGAAAUCUCUGUUUACAUUUAA